CUCAACCACCAAAUAGGCUCUGUGGUGUUCCACACCCGUCGUAGCUUGUGGCUCUUCCUGACCGUCGUAUCUCUUUAAUUUGUCGCAGAUCAUAUACACAAUUGCAUAUAACAGGACCUAGCUAGUAAUUACUAAUUAGUAUAGUUAGCUAGUACAGAAAAUGAAGGCACUACUUUUGACCUUGAUCCUCUUUGCUCUCUGCGCUUCACAUGCAUACUCUCAAUCACCUGUCACACAUCCGCAAAAGCCGAACAACGAGACCGUUCUGAGGAUCUCCAAGCAACUAUGCUUGGGAUGCAUUGGGGAGUCACUCCAGUUCUUGUUCCAACACAACAUGGUCAGGGCAGCAAAGUGGGAGGUGCCACUCAUGUGGGACUUCCAGCUCGAGAGGUACGCACGGUGGUGGGCAGGCAUCCGAAAAGCCGACUGCAAGCUGCAGCAUUCGUUCCCGGAAGACGGGUUCAAGCUGGGAGAGAACAUCUACUGGGGCAGCGGCUCGACGUGGACUCCGAUCGACGCAGUGAAUACUUGGGCGGCUGAGGAGAAGUACUACACUUACGCAACCAAUAUGUGCGAAGAGGGUCAAAUGUGCGGGCACUAUACUCAGAUAGUCUGGAAGAGUACGAGGAGAGUGGGGUGUGCUAGGGUUGUUUGUGAUGAUGGAGAUGUGUUCAUGACUUGUAAUUAUGAUCCGCCUGGUAAUUAUAUUGGUGAGAAGCCCUAUUAAAUAAAUGUUCAAUUUUAGUUAAGUGCUUAAUUAUAUGGUGUCAUUGGUGUUUCGUGAUAGUUGGACUUGGGACUUGAUAGUCCUUCUGU